AUGGCAACUUUCUCGACUAAAGAUCAUCGUCCUUUUAUCAUUAUUCCAUCACCUUUUGAGUUUGAUAUUUUAGAAUUUUUACCACGAAAAAGGGUUGGAUGCAAAACUUCGAAUGCAUUCAUGAUUUAUCGUAAAAUUUAUGUGAAAACUUUAUUAAAACAACAAUUACAUUAUAAAAUGACUGAUGCUUCUAAUUGGGCAUCAAAAGCUUGGAAAGAAGAACCUGAACAUGUUAAAAUUCAAUUUCAAGAAUAUGCUAAAAAUUUAAAGGAAUUUUGUAAUAUAAAUAUCGCCGAAUGCACGUGUCCUGAUGAAUUAUUUCAAUUGAAUUUUAUACAAUCUCCUCUUCCCAUUCCUUUUUCUCCUAUAAUAUUUGAAAAUUCUCCCAUAAUUUUUGAUAAUAAUUAUGAUGAUAAUUAUGAAAAUUACGAUAACAAUUAUGAUAAUUAUGAAAAUUAUGUUAAUAAUGUUUAUGGCUUUAAUGAUGAAAAUUAUUUGCCAAAGCAAUAA